AGGUCUUAGAGGUUAAUAAGGGUAAAACUUCAGUUUCAGUUAGUUGUCAUUUGUAUGACAUUUGAAUUUUGAGUUUUGCAUUAUUUUGUUACUGUUGCUCCCUUAAAAAAUGGUGGAAUCUGAAAACAGGGUGCCAGACUCGGAGGGCACAUUAGGUCACAUGACUUCAAAGAACUUCUCCCCCUCUUGCUGCCUACCACUGGGUUUUCUACAACAGUGAAGUAGCCAGCGUAUCCAAUGAGGACUGAGGCCAUUGUUUUGUCAGACAAUGGAGUCACUGCUGCUGUCCGAGUUUGUCAACUCAACUGGGGCUGAGCCAGGACUGGCCAGAGACCUCCUGGAAGACCAGCACUGGGACCUAAAGGCAGCCACCCAGGCAUUCUACUAUCUCAAGGGCCUGAUGCCGGCUCCUCUGCCUGUAUCGGCGCCGGAGGGUGGCCACGCGGGCAAACUGCAGCGAGCCGAGGCUGUGGAGAUACUGCCUUCAGAACAUAAGCUGGGCAGGGGCAUCUCUCGCGCCACCGACAAUGUACGUCUGGUGUCCGAGGCCCGCUCGCAGCUGGCGCGCCAUGACGUGCUGGACGGCGGCGGCGGCGGUCAGGGAGGCCGCCCGGGCGCGCCGCUGGACGCCCCCGACCACACCUUCCUGCUGCCGGAUAUGACCAACUUCGAAGACGGGUUCCGCCGGUUCCUGGAGGAGGACCUGCUGGACCGCGGCACCCUGGUGUCGCUGGAACAGGCCGGCCGGCUCAACUGGUGGGCGGACGCCGGCGUGUGCCCCCGGCUCUGGCCGCUGGCCACCUCAGGCGACGGCAACUGUUUGCUGCACGCGGCCAGUCUGGGCAUGUGGGGGUUCCACGACCGUCUGCUGACGCUGCGGAAGGCGCUGCGCCCCUACAUGACGGACGGACCGCACGUGGCCGCCUUCCGGCGCCGCUGGCGCUGGCAGGUGGCGCAGCAAAACACAGAAGCAGGUCUGGUGUACUCUGAAGAGGAAUGGGAGCGUGAGUGGAAAAACGUCAUCACGAUAUCCUCCAGCGACCCGCGACAAAACGGAGACAGCGCUCAGUGCCGUGAGGAGACCCUGAACGGCGGGCCGCCGCCGCUCUCCGUGUACGAGUCGCUGGAGGAGAUCCACGUGCUGGUGUUGGCGCACAUCCUCCGGCGACCGAUCGUCGUCGUCGCCGAUACCACGCUCAAGGAUGUGAACGGGCAGCCGCUGGCGCCCAUCCCGUUCGGCGGCAUCUACCUGCCGCUGGAGAUCCCGCCGGCCGAGUGCCACCGCUCGCCGCUGGCGCUCGCCUUCGACGCCGGACACUUCUCGGCACUGGUCGCCAUGGCAACAGAGUCGACGCCCGUCUCCAAGGCAACCGGUGCGGCGGCGGACGGCGGUGCCGGGGACGCGGCGGCGCCCGGAGCGGCGGGAACGGAGGAUACCAACGCCGUGGUGCCGGUGACAGACCCCGACGGCGUGCUGCUGCCCAUCCAGUUCGUGGUCGACCCGGGCCCCGACGUGGCCUGGGGCAGCGACGAGACGGACCCGGUGACGCAGGCGCGGCUCACGCUGCAGCCGCAGCACAAGCUGAGCCUGCUGCGCGAGUACCUGGACGUGGCGGAGCUGCCGCUGCGCCGCUCGCCGCCGCCGGUGCCCCCGCGGCCCGAGCGGCCCUCCUCGGCAGCUGAGCUGUCGGCGCCCGGCAGCCGCCGGCCCGACAACGCCAACCUGCAGCUGCAAACGGUCGUCAAACACAUGGGCAGCAUCGGCAAGUCGAUGGGCAAGAAGAUCCGGGAGAACCUGGGCAGUCUGACGCAGCGUGUGGGCGCGGCGCCCGGCCGGCGGCGCGGCUCGACGGGCGAGGAGCCGCCGCGGCCGGCCGCCACCGGCUCCGCCGCCGCCGGCACGCGCUGCCACUGCCUGCUGGCGGCCCGGCUGGACACCAGUCGACAGUACGAGUACCACUCGGACAUGAUCAAAAACUACCUGGCGUCGGCGCGCGCGCGCUUCGCCGAGCUGGAGCGGUCGCGGCGGGAGUGCGGCUGCGGCUCGGCGCCGGGCGCGCGGCCCGAGCUGGGGCGCGCGCACGGUGUCGGCCGCUCCACGUUCUACGCCGGCCCGGACCCGGCCGAGUACGCGCGCACGCGCACCAUGCCGCUGGUGCCGCGGCUCGGCCAGCCGGAUCCGACGCUGUAUCUGAGCCGGUCGACCUUCUACAGCGACCGGUACCCGCCGCGGCCCGGCGACGCCGCCCAGUGACACCGGCCGCCGCGGCCGCCGCCUUCAGUCACUGUGUUCAGCCGGCCUGCACCGGGCCGGCGCCCCCCAGGCCCUCCGCCGCCGCGGAGCGUGCCCUGUGUUCCUGCGCCCAGGAGCGCCUCUCUGGCUUUCAGUUGUUACGUGCAAACUGCGAACCUCCUACUCCAUAGAUCUGUAAUGUUGCAAUCAAACAUGUGUUGGUCAGACCACGCGCACGAUCUAGUCGUUUUACUCACAGUCUCAACAGUCUUUUAGAGCUUUGUUGGUCAGGUCUAGCUAGACACUGCGUCGGCAGGCGCGCCCGUUCGGCCGCGCCGUCUGCUCUCUCGCAGCUCUCUAUGGUUGUGCCGGCCGCCGCGCCGCCCGGACCGCCUCCCUCGGCCCGAAGUGCCUGACGGCGCGCUCCGCGACCCGCCCGCCCGGCCGUGGGCCAACGUCUUCCGGUAGUGGGCGGAUUGGCGCCGCUGUCGCAUCGGCAAUCUCGCGUACAGAGUCUCACUAGCCACGGUGGAGGGCUGGGUCACCCCCAUCGGUGACGGAGUGUUUCUACUUGUUUUAGUGUAUCGCACGAUAUUGUGACAUCGGUAAUACAUCAGUGAACUA